AUGGGUUCCAUUGCCCCAAUGACCUCGGACCAGAUUGCCCUAAUCAAGGCAACGGUGCCCGUCCUCGCCGAACACGGAAACACCAUCACAACCGUCUUUUAUCGCAACAUGCUCGAAGCCCACCCCGAGUUAAAUACCGUCUUCAAUACCCCCAACCAAGUCAACGGCCACCAGCCCCGUGCCCUGGCCGGCGCACUCUACGCCUACGCCUCGUACAUUGACGAUCUGGGCGCACUCAGCGCCGCAGUCGAAUUAAUCUGCAACAAGCAUGCCUCGCUCUACAUCAAACCCGAUGAUUACAAGAUCGUGGGCAAAUACCUCCUCGAAGCAAUGGGUGAGGUCCUAGGAGCAGCAUUGACCCCGGAAAUUCACGACGCAUGGGGCGCCGCGUACUGGCAGCUUGCCAAUAUCAUGAUCGGCCGUGAGAAGGAGCUCUAUGAGCAAAGCGAGGACUGGACCGACUGGCGCGACUUCAAGAUCGCCGAUAAGGUCAAGGAGUCAGACGAGAUCACUUCCUUUUAUCUUGCUCCUGCCGACGGCAAGCCUUUGCCGGCUUUCCAGCCUGGCCAGUACAUCUCCGUGCAGACAUACGUCCCAGCUCUCAAGUACACGCAGGCUCGACAGUACUCGCUCAGUGAUAAGCCCCGACCAGACUACUACCGUAUCAGUGUGAAGAAGGAGACUGGUGUUGACUCUGCGGAUCCUGCUGCGGCCGCUCAGCCGGGUUAUAUCUCGAAUGUGCUGCACGAUACCCUCAACAAGGGAGAUACGCUCCAAGUCUCGCACCCUUAUGGUGAUUUCUUCCUUUCCGCCACUGAGACUGACAUUGCUCAUCCGGUUGUGUUGAUUUCCGCUGGUGUGGGUCUUACUCCCCUGACUUCGAUUUUGAAUACCUUGACAUCGAAGUCUUCGUCUACUCGCAAGCUUCACUUCGUUCAUGGAGCACGUACAUCGAGUGCACGUGCCUUUAGCGAGCACAUUGCGUCUCUCAUGAAGGAAUAUCCCAAUUUGAACGCCACCUUCUUCACAAGCCACCCCUCCGAGGAAGAUAAGCAGGGCGUGGAUUAUCACCAUGUUGGAAGGGUGAACCUGGAUAAGAUUGAGAAGCCGGACUUGUUCCUUGAUGAUGCCAACACAGAGUACUAUAUCUGUGGACCAGAGAAGUUCAUGACGAACAUGGAGUCAAGUCUUAAGAGCCGGGGUGUCAGUGCUAGCCGGAUUAAGAUGGAGUUGUUUGGUACCGGCGGUGUGCCUCACUAA